UAAAUAGCGACCGGGGAGGACAGAGGCUGCACUCCGAAUUCCUGUAUCAACCUCUGCAGCAGGCUUUGCAUUUGGGGCCGGAUAUCUGAUUGCUUCCACCAUGAGCUGCAGCAUCAAGAGAACAUCCAGUACCUCCUACAGGAGCGGUGGCGGUGGAAGCGGAGGCAUCUGCAGUGGUGGCAGUGGCCGGAGCUCCUCUGCUUCCUGCAGGCGCUACGCCUCCUCUGUGGUCGGCGGGGGAAGCUAUGGUGGGGGAGCGUGCGGCAUCGGCUACGGAGCGGGCAUGAGCGCAGGCAGCAUGGCUGGUGGCUUUGGGGGCGGCUUCACAGGGGGCUUUGGGGGUGGCUUUGCAGGAGGCUUUGGUGCCGGUGGGGACCUUCUGAACGGCAAUGAGAAGGUGACCAUGCAGAACCUCAAUGACCGCCUGGCUGCUUACUUGGACAAAGUGCGAAGGCUCGAGGAUGAGAACGCUCAGCUGGAGGUCCAUAUCCGGGAGUGGUACCGGAAGCAAGCUCCCAGCGCUUCCAAGGACUACUCCUCCUACUACCAGACCAUCGAACAACUCCAAAAUCAGAUCAUUUCUGCCACUGUGGACAAUAAUAGACUGCUUCUGGACAUCGAUAACAGCAAGAUGACAGCUGAUGACUUCCGAAUGAAAUAUGAGAAUGAGCUGGUCAUUCGUCAGACUGUGGAGGCUGACAUUAAUGGCUUGAGAAAUCUCCUGGAUGAUCUCACUUGCACUCGUUCAUCACUGGAAUCUGAGCUGGAGUCCUUGAGGGACGAGCUGAUUGCUCUUAAGAGAAACCAUGAAGAGGAAAUGAGGCAGCUGCAGUCUCAGACUGGUGGUGAUGUAAGCGUGGAGGUCAAUGCUGCCCCUGGCCAAGACCUGACAAAGGUCCUGAAUGACCUGAGAAACGAAUACGAGCAGCUCAUCGAGAAGAACCGCAGAGAGGUGGAGCAGUGGUAUGAAGUCAAGAUUGAAGAAGUCAACCAGCAAGUCAAUUCUAGCAGCCAGGACAUCCAGACGAGCAGCCACCAGCUCACGGAUCUGAGACGUGAAAUGCAGAACCUGGAGAUCGAACUGCAGGCACAGCUCAGCACGAAAGCCUCCCUGGAAAACUCCCUGGGAGAAACCGAAUCUCGCUACGGCUUGCUGCUGCAACAGAUCCAAGGGCAGAUCAACUGUGUGGAGGAAGAGCUGGCCAGCAUCCGCUGUGAGAUGGAGAGCCAGAACCAGGAGUACAAGAUGCUCCUGGGCAUCAAAACCCGCCUGGAACAGGAGAUUGCUCAGUACCGAGCUCUGCUGCAGGAGGGACAGCAAGACAUUGUAACGUCUCACGGAGCUCUCCAAGGAGGUGGAAUGUCCUCCCACUCUUAUUCUACUUCCUACUCUCACGGUCAAUCUGGUGACAAGAUAGGACAGUCAAGAGUGUGUUAGGAUCUCACUGAUGCGCUGGUCUUCCCCUGAUCUCCUGACUGCCAUCUGAGCAGCCUGGCCUACAACAUGAUCAAACACGCAGCACAUGCACCGUGUACCCUACCCAGCACACCGAUUGCUCUACAAGUUAUUCAUGAAGUUGAGAAGAAUGAUUUCCAGGAUACUCCUAAAAUGAUCUGCUUCUUCCUUUUCAUAUUGUCCUUCAGCUGUAGAUACCUGACUGUAUCCACACACGCUUCUUUGCAGCACGAUGUGUGAGCCAUUUCCUGCUGAUAACCAUGCCCC